AUGUCUCUUUCUCCAUUCUUCGUGGCUCCCGCUUUCUUGCCCUUGGUUGUUGCAGCCAACUUGGGUGGUUUUGAUAACCCCAGAGAUUCUGGAGAUACCACGGCUGCUGAUGAAAACCAGAAUACGGAGAACACAAAUGCUAACACCGCCACUGCCAACACUGCAGCCACAGCCAACACAGCCAACACCGCUAACACCGCUAACACCGCCACUGCCAACACCGCUAAUACUGCAACAGCCAACACGGCUUACACCGCCAAUACUGAAACAGCCAACACUGCAAACACUGCCACAGCUGAAACAGGCACUGCCACAGGUACAGCCACAGGUACCCUUGACACCAGACUCGACACAGCCAACACGGCCCAGACCCAAACUGAAACACCUACUGAAACUGCGUUGAACACAGCUUUGGACUCCACCACUGGCGGUUCAGCCACAUUCAACAAGUGGGGUUUCACAGGCGACCAGUCUGUCUGGAAAGCCGAGACUGUCACUUCCGCUGUUUCUAAUUCUGGAUCCGAAUCCAAGUCCCACACAGCUUCCAUUCUGGGCAACAAGACGUCUGGCGCUAUGAGAGUCGGAGGAGCCACCGAAAUCAGCUGGAAGACAACGGCUUUUAUUGGCGCAAUUGCCGCCUUGACUUUGGGACUCCACGCCCUUUGA